AUGUCUCUGGAUGAGGAAGCUCUCCAAACAGCCGCCAAUGGCGGCUCGAUCGAGUUGGAGAGAUGGAGUGGCAUGGCUACAGCGAUGACCGAGCGAUUAGAACACAUCGUGUACAAUGUGUUCCCCAUGCCCCAAGUGCGCCCCGAACCGCUGGGGCUUCAAUCCUUCUUCAACGCUUCUCAAGAGAACAACACUGCCCCCGAUAGCAGUAACAAAGAAAACGAUGCGCCUGCACAUCCCGGGACCGCAUCCCAAGCAGUGGAACCUGGCUCUCCAACAGCCGAGCGCGUGCCAGACUCGCAGCCCCAAGCAUCUAGCCAGAGCACAGAUACCCUCCCGCCCCCGCUAGCUCUACUUUUGAACGCGAUUCGCUCAUCUAUCCAUUCCUUCUUCACGGACAAACCUCCGCACACCAUACAGAGACUCGCGGAGCUGAUUCUUUACCCCACAAAGCACUACAAGACAUUACCGGCAUACCUACGUGCCGUGGACCGGGUCACAUCUGUCACAAGUUCUGCAGACAUCUUCCCCUUCCAGACUCCAGCUUCCGAGAAUGCCCAGACCAACGGUAUCGCGCACCCUGGGAAGAGCAGUGUCUACAUGGCUCCAGACUACUUACAAGGCCUUGGAAGCGAUGAGUCUUUGGGUGGGGCACUACUCACCCCAAUCCCAUGGUUAUCGAAUGCUUCAUUUGACGGCGACGAUGAGGAAUUAAACGGAGAUGCAAACGUACUAAGCGAAACCACUGAAGAACCUCUGCCCAUCAAGUCGGAAGAAUCUACAGAUUCAGUGGCUGCUCCACUACCCGAGACUGAAGAUGGAGCUACUACUGCUUCACCAGAGCCAUCCGAUGAGGUGCCUCAUGCGCGAGGCCCCAUCGUCCUCGGGGUCGAAGACAUGGGUCUGCAAGACGGGAAGGGUGUAGAGAUGAGCCUUGGUACCGACAGCACUGAUGAUGUCCCUGCCGCAGUGGCAGCAACGCCGACAUCGGAGGAAGUGACCAAGAUUGACUCGAGCUUGGACAAAGAUGGUGACGGUGACAUUGUCCUCGAAGACACCAAAGCUAAGGAGGAACCCAAGGACGAAGACGCAGCUACAAACCCCACAGAAGAGGACUCCAAGUCCGAAUCAGUGGGUCAAUCAUCUCAAGCGCCGGACGCGAAGAAGGAAACAUGA